AAUGCAUGCGGCAGCAAUCUUCGCAAAGAGAACGGGCAGCCGGUGUUCGAGAUCGCCAUGUUUGUAUUAGCCAACAUAAAACUCAAUACACGUGUGCGUUGGUCGCCAGACUAAAGUGUGAAUAAAAUAGGAAAUUCUUCAAAUUUUCACCCAAAUACAGUUUCUAACGCUGAGCGCUAAGUGCCGCAUUGCAAAAGCAGCCCCCAUCCCUCAGUUCAGAAUGAUUGCCGGUCGUCCACUGUUGCUACUGUCGCUGCCAAGUCUCGCUAUAAUUGUGGGGCUGGUUUGGUACCGCCGCAAGUUUAAGCCGGACGCAGGCGAUCGGGGCGGAGAAAAAAGCAAAGAAUGUGAAAGUACGAUCUUGUCGCGCGGUGUCAGCAGCACGCUGGCAGAGCAUGAGCCGGACAUGCGACAGAGCUCCUCGCUGCCGAUACAGCAACAGUCAGGCGGCGGUGGUAAUGGUGCGGAAAACUGGGAUAACUGUUCGGGCUCGGGUCAUUCGUCGGCCGGGUCGUCGCGCUCGGCCCCGAUAGACAUCGUGCCGAAUAAGAGCCCGUCCAAGGACGACCUGUUGGGCCGGUCGCACCUGCUCGAGCACGACAACGAGGAGCUUAGCUUCAGCCCGUCGAUCGAUUUGCCCGGCUCGGUCGUGUCGCGCUACCCGCAGAACCUGCGCAAGUUCAACCAAAUGAUGGAACCGACCAAGGAACCGGUCGUGAUCCGGCCGACCAAGGCGGCAUCGCUGCAGAGCGGCCACUUCCGGGUGCCGGACGAGAACGGGAACGCGAACAGCGCCACGCCGGUCUCGCCCCGCUCGCCCAGGAAACAAUCACCCCAGCCAAAGCCAUACGCCACUGCUACGGAGAGCGAUCGGUUGAAUGGAAACUGCGUACCGGAGCCGGACGCCGGAACGAUCGAGGACGUAUUUGACCCCAAGCCGGAAUCGUUUGAUGAGCGGAACGAACAGACGGGCAGCCCGCCGCUCAGCAUCUGCAGCGUGCGCUCCGAGGAUUCGGGCAAGGGUUCGAGCCCGCCCCACUCGGUCGGCCCGUCCGUCACGACGUACGAGUUCCUGGUGCCCGCGUUCCUGGUGGCCGGCAUGCUCGGCAAGCAGGGCACGUUCGUGAAGCAGAUCAAGCAGAAAACCGGCGCUAACGUCAUCAUCAAGCGCAACCCGGACACACACAACAGCAAGAUCUGCACGCUCGAAGGCUCGCAGCAGGAAAUUCAGGAUGCGCUAGCGGUGAUUCGCAAGAAGUUCCCGCAGAAACGGUUUCCCGGCCUGACCCUGCAGCGGAUUGAGAUUAGCCGCGUCGAAACGGUCAUACCGCUGUCGCUGAUGAAUGACACGUGUUCAAGCCUGCCGCUGGUGGAGGGUAUCAACAAUGACGUCGCCGUUAGCUGCAUCAUCAACGUGGGCCAUCUGUUCGUGCACCAGCCGCUGCACCCCACCCACCUGACCCUGAACAGCAUGCAGAACUCACUGAAUCAAAGCUACACCCAGAGCGAGGCCCCCGCCCUGCCCGAGAUCGUGCCGAAUGCGGUCUGCGUUGCGUUCGUCGCGGGCAGCUGGUACCGGGCGCAGGUCGUGCAGAACGUCACGGAAAGCAAUUUGGUUUUAGUGAAAUACCUGGACUACGGCGGCUACUCGAUGCUGCCCCCACAGAACCUUCGUCAAAUCAGAACAGAUUUCAUCUCCGUACCGUUCCAAUCGAUAGAGUGUGUGCUAUCCAACAUUCAGCCGAUUGAUGAAAGCCAAAACACCUGGUCGGAGGAAGCCACCGGGCUGUUCCGUAGGUUAACAAGCAAUGCUAUCAUGCAAGCACAAGUAGCGGGAUAUACUGCCGAGGGUAUUCCGGAAAUUUAUCUAUUCUCUUCAAUAGCAAAAGAUAACGUAGUUUUCAUUAAUCAAGAAAUGGUUGCACGCGGAUACGCCAGAUGGAUUGACUGAAUUGUAUGUACGCAAAGUAGGUGAACAAAUUAUUAACAAAUUUAAAAAUGCAUAUUAUAAGGAAAAAAGAAACAGUGAGAUUGAAGAUAGUGAGCUCGUGCUACGGAAAGCAUGAUAAAUGGAAAGCUAAAACGGGGGAGACUGAGCGAGGCGCAGUACUGCCAACGGUGUCAGCAGACGGGUGCAGCCCGGUUUGCUGGUGGUGAUAUUAGUGGCGCGGGAAGGAAAGGACUUGGAUAUGUAAAUGCAUCGAUGUAAUCGGCAAUGGCGGACAAUUGAGAGGCACCACCCCAUACCUCACAGCAUUUCGGACUACACAUAACAACUAAAACUACCGCCCGGCUAGGCUUCCGGUUCACUCUCACCCUGCUCUCCCGCACACGCUCUACUACAUUAGUAUCCAUUUUUGGGUAUGCUGCACCGGAACCAAACAUAACAGCUUUCGUGCGCGUGUACCCAUUCAACCACGGUACUCCUUUUGUUUCGCGUCCCACACCUGCCACCAACAGCAACGCUCCCCGCGUGUUCUGUUGACCAUCAUCAUCGUCAUCACUGCGUCAUGGCACCCGAGAAGAAGCUCCCUAUCAUUCAUGUUCAUUACUACACCCUUCCUCGUUACUGUUACAAUGAUUAAAACGAAGAAAACUUGUGAAUACUACGUUUAAAAGAAAACCAUAAGAAUGCGAAAUCCCGUCGUUCAAGUUUUUUUUUUUGUCUUCACUUAUAAUUGCAGCUAAGGCAAUUUAUUAUUUUAGUUAUUUUUAAUAAGGGUAUUUAUGAAAUAAAUUCAACAAAAUUAAAUUGAUCUUA